AUGGAACGGUUGUCAACAAUGGCUUGCCCGCUGGUGUUGGUGCUCAGGCUCCCGCCGGCUGGCCGCGUGCUGGAGCCUGUGGAAGGGUCUGAAAAGGACACCUUGAAUUCAGCUCUAGCAUUGCGCUUGCUGAGCAAAUACAAGGAAGCUGCCAUCCGGAACGCCGGCCCGGCUUCUCCGCCCCUCAAGAGACCCCACCACGAGUCGAGUGUUGGGGACCCGUCGCCUGGAUCUCCUGGCACGACACCUUCUUGGGAUGUACCAAAUGGUGGAGAAGUUAAACCUGUGGAUGAGGCACACGAGGCACGGUCGUCAGAGGAGGGCGGCAGGACCGGUGUUGCAGGUGGCCUCGCUGUCGGGAGGGGGCGUUUGGACGUGUCUGGGAGGCGGGGGAUGAGGGGGAGGGGAAGGGGACGUGGAGCCCGCGCUCUGAAGGGCCUGGGAGCCAAUCAUCCGCUGGCAUCUGCCCCAGCGAAGGGUGGGCCACUGGUGCGUCCGUCCGCAGGGCGCCUGAGACGGUCGCGGCAGCACUGA